AUGACCUCCAUAAACCAUUAUAAUAACUUAAGAGCCAUAAAGGACAUUGACUCCAAGCUCAUUAGCCUUGGUCACCUGGCUGGACAGCUUGGAGGAUUUGUUGGUCAAAGUGAGAUUGUUAAGAAAGCCGUUAAGAAUGCUAUUAUCGUUGUAAUUAACAGUAAUGAAGAGCUUAAAAAUGACCUAAAUGAUGUUUACAUUUCUCUUGUUACUAAGCUUUCUGAGUCUGUCAACUCUGCUGGCCAGGCUGUUGGCACCGAUGUAAUUGAGAAGCUUAGUCAGCGAGUUACUCAGCAAAUUAAGCUUCUUGAAGAACAACUUAAACAGCCUAAUAACCUUUAUAAUCUUCCUUCUUCCCCCUCUCCCUCUGCUGAGCUAGCCAAAUUGCACUCCAAGUUGGACGCUUUGAGGAAAGUGGAGGAGCUUUGUGAAAAUUAUAAGAAUCUUAAAAAUGCAUCAAAUAAUCCUAAAAACCUCUUAGAUAAUUUAUGUGACGGCCUUCAGACUUUUCUUGGUUACGAUAAGACUUCCAAAGGCUACGACGGCCAGGGGAUUGUGUACUCUGACCUUGACAGGCUGUGUGACGGGGUGAUGGGAUUUUUGAGUGGUGUUCUCAGUAACAUCUACAAGCAUUUAGGGCAGCAUAAAGAGACAAUUACUAGUGCAAUUACGUCACUUGAGGCCAAUAAACACGCCGGUAAAAAAGGUUUUAAUGAUGCGAUUGGAGAGGUGGUCGCAGGGGUGGGGAGGUAUAAUGAUAGGGUGAGGGAGAGUAAUGAGAAUGUUAAAAAUGCAAUAACUACGUUAUCUUCAAACGUUGAACCGAUUAAAAAAGAACUUCAAAAUGAUUCAGCUAGUAACUCCGUUGAGAAAAUUAAUAAGCAAAUUGAGACAUGUCUGCAUCAUGCCGAACGGUACGUGGGUGCUAUCAAAGAUGCUAAUGACCAUGUUAAUGACCUUCAAGGUGAUUUAAUGAACAAACUAAAAAGCAAAACGGAAAUCGUUAAAUAUCAACGUAAAAGGCUGAGUCAACUAUAUGAACGCCAAAAAUCAGACUUUGAGGAGGUGACUAAGUUGGUCGGCGUUCAGCUGAAUGAUGCCAAGGAGUCAAUUACGACGACGGUAACGCAGAAGAUAAAUUCAUUCAUCGACGAGUUAACAGCCAUCGUUAGAGCGCUUAUACAAAAAAUGUCAGAAAUUAAUGACACAUUGUCGCAGCAUGUUGAAAGGCUUCAUGAUUGGAUAGAAAAGUCGCACAAAGCUGUCGAAUUAACCAUAAGGAACGUGGAAAGUAUUGCUUGUGAGGUUGGUGGAAGCAAAACUUCACAUAAGGACAAACUUAUAGAGUCUGUUAAAGCGUUGGAGAAGAAAGGCUUGGAUUUGUAUAAAGCGUAUUAUGCGUCAAAAGAUGCUCUACCUAAAUUGAUAACAGCGGUGAGUGAUGCGGUAACGGGAUUGGAUGCAGAGAUUAUUAAGGGAUUAAAGACAUUGAGUAGUGAAAUAAAGAAGCAAGUGGAAGAAUACGUUGAAGAAGCUGCAGUUAUGCUUAGCGAAAUUCAAACAGAAGUUGGUAAUAAGAAUAAGGCAGGCAAAAAUGAAAACGGGGAUAGUAUUGAUUAUAAUUGGGAUGUUCUUAAAUUCGUUAUUAAUUCUUUUGUAGAGAAAAUUGAAGGUGAUGAACGUUCCCGUAAUUAUGACGGAUUGAGAGGUAUUGUUCGUGGAUUUACGGAGUAUGUUACAGAAACCUACGCCGAUAGUAAUUUUGGGAAUACAGUGGAGGAGUGGUUGAAAGAUAUUUUGGGGAGUGAACCCGUGAAGAGCAAAAUGAAAGCCUAUUUUGAUGCGAACAGCAACAAUUUGAGUUCCAAAUAUAGUGACUAUCGAAGUGAGAUAACAAAGAAUCACAUCAGCAAAAUUGCAACUUCAAUUAGGACGGCACUUAAAUCUCAAAUUGAAACAGCAGGUCAAUCUUUUGCAACGAAAGGCUCGAAAGACGCCUCAGAUAAUGAUAUUGUGAAAAGUUACAAGAGGUUGGAGACAGGGUCCGCGGAAUUCGCUGCUCAACUUGAUACAAAAGUUGCUAAAGGGGAUAUUCAUGCGCUUAUCUCAGACAUCGUUGAGGGAGUUGCUGCUGACGUUUUAAAAGAUAAAGGUCUUCACAAUAACAGAACAAUUUUAAAAUAUGCUAUGGAUGCAACUGUAUCUGCUCUUACCUCAGCUGCCAAGAAUGUUUCCGCACAAGUUGCAAAACUCAUCACUACUUCCAACCUGCACAAAAACGUGCAUGACGCUAUCACAAAAACGAACUCAAUAAGAAAUGUAAUAAAUAACACCGGAACAGCCGGCGAUAAAAUCCAAGGAGCGUUGGACCUUGUCAAGGAUAAGAUUGAGCAACUUGGUACCAUUUUGACCUCCAAGGAACUUGGAGCAGAUAUAGACAUUGCGAUGUCAAACUAUUUCUAUAGUGGUGAUCACGGCAUUAGAGACAAAAUGACAGCUUACAAAAGUUAUGUUAGCAAAGGUGGUGUUCUUGGUAAUUCGAUUGAAGCAAUUCGAACGAACGCUCUGAUGGCUUUCAGCAAAUUAAAUACCACAGUAGAUGACAAGCUUAUCAGGCGAGAUCUCAGCAACUUUCACAGUCAUAUGCAGGUUUUUUGCAAUGCUAUUUUACAGGCAGCAACUGCUAGUAAUGAAUGUGCGAAGAACAAAUUAGAAAAGUUGAAAGAAUGGAUAUCAAGAGAGAAGCCACACGCCGACGGCACUCUACAGAAAUUCAAAGAAGACAUCAACAGACUGCAAACGGACAAGCUGAACCCAUUAAUGCAGCAAGUCCAGGAUAUCAUCAUACAAUCCACUUCUUCGAGUGAACUCAUCGUUGAACAACUGCAACAACACGUCACUCAACAACUUGAUGACGCCAAAGACACCGUCAUUGAUUCCAUCAGAACCAAGUACAUCUCAUUCAUGAAAUCGCAGCUGACCGAAUUCAUCCAAAAAGCUACCGCUGAGCUGGAUGGAAUACCUGAAGAUAUCAACAGAGACCUGACCGUUGGCUUUAAGGGCUUUGUGAAAACGUCCGCGGAUGGACAUACGGACGCUGAUCAUAGAAAUGGAGACAUUAUUAAGCGGUUCAAAGAACUUGCAGGCACAAUAUAUCAGUCAACUGAGUAUAUUCCGCAACAUUUUGCCGGUAUGUCACUUGCUUUAAUGAACUGCUUUACACCGAUAAAGAACUACAUGAUUACAGAAAUCGAUAGGGUGAACACCAAAAACAAUAACAAGGGUCCCGUUCGUCAAGGCAGCGAAGCAUCAUACGCUCCUACUCUUAAAUACAUACAUCACAGAUUCAGCGCUGUUUGUAGUCACUUAAAGAAUGAGAAGCGCUUCGACCACGAGAUCCCUCUGAUGCUCGACGACCUCACCUCUGCUCUCUCCAUGCUCAAGCCAGACGGCUUCUCAAACCCGAACAGCCCGCUCUUAGACUGCAUUGUAGCAGGUCUUGGCGCAUUUGCUGGCGAGCUGAAUAAGGUCUACAUUCCCAAGUACCUCGGCGCUGAGCCGAUACGUCAGUGGCUGGCCGAUGCUCCGAAGGGGGGGAGUGAAAAGACGUCUGAGAAAAAUCAGACGCUGACCGACGACGGACGGAACUGUGCUAAAGUGUUUCUAACGUCUCUACAGAUUCUGUUUGCUGAUUUCUAUAAAUUGAGGAAUGACUACAGUGCUUGGAACGGCGAGCAGAUCCAUCUAGGCAAAGUUGUACAACAUACGAAAAAGGGCAGCAAAGUUAUCAAAACGGAAUAUAUCGCUAAUCCUCUCGGAACGUUCUUCGUCGAACGUGGCUAUACAGUGGCGACCAGUGAAACUAAGCAAGAUGGUGAGUUACAGAGGUCGGAUGGAAUGAUAGGGUCCAAUAUUCGCGACUUAUGCUACCAUCAGUUUGGCAGCUUAGACGCGACAACGAAAAAGCUAUUGGACGGAUAUAUGGAAAGUGGCGGUGAAACGUUAAAACUGCACAAACUUCUCGAAUACCUCUACGACAGCCUCCACCAGUAUUAUGACGUUUGCCACCUGAAGCACGUUCCCAAGCCUACCACGCCGUCAAAUGUAUACCAGAUGCUCAUGUGGCUUACCGGCCUCACUCACACUGCUGUCUACUCGGAACUGACGGUCAGCGGAUUUAGCGACCUGUUCGAAAAACGCGAUGCACCGAAGUUGCAAGAUGACGGAGAAAGUGUAUCAUUCGGAGACGACAGUUCCGAAACCUUGGAUGCCUACCCGCGACCGAUAUCUGCUGGGAACCUAUCCGCUACCCUCGGAGAAGUUUGUGCCUAUGCCGAGCAAGUGUUGAUCGCCAUCCUUGGACAUGGCCACGAAAGCGGUAUCUACGCCGUUGACUUCAACACCAACCCAGAUCACCUUUUGUAUCCUAGCACUGCCGGUGCUUGCCUGGACAUGCUGUCUGACAUAUUGGCAAGAGUUUAUCACCAAUGCGUCUUCAUAUACAGCCAGUGCCGCAACAGCCAAUAUAGCAGCGGUUGGUCGGACUGUCUCUACGGCCAGCGAAUUGGCGGUUCGGCAUGGACUUGCAACACAAAGCAAUGUGCCAACCAAAACACCGACCAAACGGGUGACCAAACAUGUAACCAAAACUGCAAGCAACACCCUAAGUGCGGAGUAAAAUCGCCACUUCAAUCAUUUUUGGAAGAUGGAUUGCCCGGGUUCCUGCCGCAUUCGUUUACAAAGCCAGGUUGUAAAUGGGAAUGCACAGUCUCAAAUCAUAGAGGAAUACCAUGCAAAACGCCAAUGGGUUUCAGAUACCUUAGUCAAGUAGCUUCACAUGUUCAAACAGGCGCGCAUCUGAGAAAGGCACUUGCCGACUUCUGCGGUACGUCCUCCGCCCUCACGCAGCUGUGUGGUAUGCUUACUUGCUUAACACGUCAAACGCCUCAGACUCUGGGUGACCUGUUUGCCUUCUACCAUGGGUUGCUUGAGAACUUCGAGCAGACUAAGCAUAAGAAGAGUGCUUUUGAUGCCGCUGUCGAUGCAGCCUAUUUCGGUGAACACUACGAAAAGCUGCAAGUUGUUUCCAUUCAAGUAACCAGUGAUCACGUUACGUCAACUUCCUCCGUCGACGACUCUGGUCAUCUCAAGGGUGAUCUAUACACUCUUGUGCGUUGCAAUAGGACAAGCAAUCCAGCGUAUCCGUGUGGUCCUUACCUGCAGUCGCUUACUUUGCAAACGCGUUCCAUGUUCUCCAACAAGCACGCCGGAAAUUAUCUCUCGUGGAUUGUCUAUCUCACUGAGACAUUCUACACCUUGCUUGACAAGCUGUACAAGGAGUGCUGCAAAAAGUGCGCUACUCCUGGAACCAGAUGCUGCGAUAAGAGCUGCAUCAAAACAUGUCCUGUUAAGUAUCCCGCAAAACCAGUUAACAAGGAGCUUAGAAGUAAGAAACACUCUGAAGACUGCAACUCCAUCGUCAAGUGCCCCGACACGCAUCCUACUCUGUACAAAUACGGUUUCACUUUUGGCAGCCCUCAUGAACUGAGUGGCAAGAAGGGAGAUGCUAAAAUACGGACGUGCGCUGAUUUUUGCAGUGCAUUGGAACGAGUGCUUCACAAAGAUUCCGUACUUAUCGCACUAAUCAAGGCUAUCGAUGAGUUCCUUUUUGAUAUUCGAGACAAAUUCUUCUGGACCACCGUCGCCCUCUGGCUCCUCUCUUUCCUCUACCUCCUCCACAUCAUGGUCAUCCGCCUCGAUCUCCUACACAUCAAAUCGCAUUUGCAUAGUCCCUCGAGUCAUCGCAUAGCUGCUCAAUCACUACUCGCCGCUGCACGUGUUAACAAACUGGGGAGGGUGUUUUAUCUGCAACCAUAA